UUAUUGUCGUAUGCUGUUGGGUGUUGUAUCGUUGAUAGCUGAGUCGACCACUGGUGUACUGAUGUCUCCUGGGUAUGGCGGAUCCCAAACCGUAAUGCCGCCGCCUUACUAUGCAACAGCCAGUUACUACACCACCAAGGCUCCAGAGUGUUACACCACAACUUCUGAUGCCCCGAGCUGCUAUACCGAAUCCCGAAGUAUAACUCUGCCGCAAGCUACAUCACCAGAGAGCCGGAGAACUUACACCGAGGCUCCCAACUACUAUGUCACCAAGGCAUCGGAAUACUACACGACUACGUAUGCUGCCCCUGCCUACUACACCGAGGUCCCUAAUUACUACGACACCCUAAGUGAGGAUCUCCGACACGGUAAAAUCUGCAGUGGCCUAUCUGUCACCAACUGCAUUCUACAUCAUGUAAGCAGUUCGCAGUUAUGGUUAACUAUGGUGUCGUGCUGCUGUUGGGUGUUGUAUCGUUGAUGGCUGGAUCGACCACUGGUGUACCGAAGUCUCUGGGUAUGGCGGAUACCAAACCGCAACGCCGCCGCCGCCUUGCUACACAGUAACAACUUUCGCAACGACCAGUUACUGCACCGAGACCUCCAGCACUACACCAAUAAGGCACCGGAGUUAUAUACCACAACUAACGAUGCCCCGGGCCGCUACACUGACGCUCUGAAGUAUUCCUCUGCCCCGAGUUACUACAGCACCAAGGUGACGGAGUAGUACAUGACUACGCAUGCUGCCCCAUCUUACUACACCGAGGCUCCCAACUGCUACACCGAGGCUUCCGCUGAUUACUCCACCAAAACGGUCGAAUGCUACACCGAAGCGCCAAAGUACUACUCUGCCCCGAUCUACACAACCACAACUGAGGCGACCAAGUAUUACGCAGUCCCGACUUGCUACACAAAAGCUACUCUUCCGUGCUACGUUGAACUGAAACACUACACUGAUGCUCCAGUCUACUACACCACGACCUACGCUACACCUAGCUGUAACACCGCAGCCUCCAAGUACUACACCGAAAAAGCCGCCUAUUACACAACCACGUACCCUGCCUGGUAUACUACAUCGAGGAAUUUAAGUAUUACCCUGCUUCAAACUAUUACCAAACUGAGUUUCACACAUAAAUUCUCCCGACUGACGUAUUUCUCUGGAUGUGUUGAAAGAUUACUGAAAUACAAGAUUGAUUUAAAACACAAGUACAUGUGUCUAUUUUCUCCUUAAGUCCCUUUCCUCCUACGGAUAAUCGCAUGAUGUGAGAAAGUAUUCCUUGUGUGUGU